CCGGCGCCCCAUUCUGCUAGUCCCGAUAAGCAAAGGGAGAGUCCCGCGGAGGGCAGCGGCAAGCGGGCGCAGGAGGCUGCCUUGGGCGGGCUCGCGUCCUCCCCGGUCCGUUAGAGGAGCGGGGUCGGCCUCCGGACCGGGCCCCUCCAGGAGUGCAACGGAGAUGUUGAGGACCCCGCUGCGAGAGGCCUCCCAGGUCCCUAUGACCUCCCAGCGAAUGCCCGCCCCUCUGCCAUCGCCCUCUAUGCGUUCUAUAGGGCCUGGACGGACCGAGCCACUCGGAUGCUGCCCCCCUUUUAUCCUCAUUGGAGAUGUAAGAGCAAUGAAGAUGGAGAAGCAACUGUUGUUGUUGAAAAGGACCAUUUCAUGGAUGAUUUCUUCCACCAAGUUGAAGAGAUUAGAAAUAAUAUAUCCAAAAUAGCACAAAACGUUGAAGAAGUAAAGAAAAAUCACAGCAUCAUCCUCUCAGCACCAAAUCCAGAUGCGAGGACAAAAGAAGAGCUAGAAGAUCUGAACAAAGAAAUCAAGAAAAUUGCUAAUAAAAUUAGAGCCAAAUUAAAGACUAUUGAACAAAGUUUUGAUCAAGAUGAGAACGCCAAUCGAACUUCAGUGGAUCUUCGGAUACGAAAAACACAGCAUUCUGUACUGUCUCGGAAAUUUGUGGAAGUUAUGACAGAGUAUAAUGAAACACAGACUUUGUUUCGGGAACGAAGCAAAGGACGGAUACAGCGUCAGCUAGAAAUAACUGGAAAAACUACCACUGAUGAUGAACUGGAAGAGAUGUUGGAAAGUGGGAAUCCUUCUAUUUUCACUUCAGAUAUUAUAUCAGAUUCUCAAAUUACUAGGCAAGCUCUCAAUGAAAUUGAGUCACGUCACAAAGAUAUUAUGAAAUUGGAGUCAAGUAUACGAGAGCUGCACGAAAUGUUUAUGGAUAUGGCUAUGUUUGUUGAGACUCAGGGUGAAAUGAUCAACAACAUAGAAAAGAAUGUAAUGAAUGCUUCAGACUAUGUAGAACAUGCUAAAGAAGAAACUAAAAAAGCUGUUAAAUACCAGAGCAAAGCAAGAAGGAAAAAGUGGAUAAUUGUUGCUGUAUUGCUGGUGCUGGCUGCCAUACUUGCCCUAAUUAUUGGUUUAUCAGUUGGCAAAUGAUGACGUGUGGAUAACUGCAGCUUGCUUGCCUGUCUGCCAUUGUGGCAAAAAUGAUGUUCAUAAUUAUUUGUGUAAUUGUUUUGCUUGUGAUCCUUGGAAUUAGCCUAGCAACAACAUUGUCAUAGCACGCAUCGCAGGAGCUAAUUAUCUUUGGAGCUUCAGAGCACAUCUGCAGUGAAACCCAUCUUUUCACGAAUGAACCACAUGUGUUGAGAUGAGUGGUAUUCAUGGUGCCGAUUCAUGAUUAGUGACUUCAGGGGGAAAACUCCAGAAAAGGAUGUGCACAAAAUCGACCAGAGGAGACGGGAGGGGAUGUCGUGAGUUAAUCAAAAAUAUCCUUUGAUUGUAAAUAACAGACACCAAGAAUUUGACAAUGGAAAACUUGCCUUAGUGACCUUAAAAUAAGGAAUGAUCGAAGACUUCAAUUGUUGACAUUGCAGUGUUAAAUGAAUAUGAAGGUUAAUUAGGAGUCCAUGCUGUUUUGAAGCAGUUGGGUUUCAGCUCUGUGACUUCCUUCUCCCCUUUCCCCCCCAGCUUGUGUGUGCUUAUUAAGAGAAGUUUUUCUACUAUGUUUAUUCAUGUUUAUUUCUUGUUGGCAAAAUAAUUCUAAUUAUCUAAACAGCUAUUUUGUAAAAUGUCGACAAUUUUAAUAUAUUAACUUAAUACAUUAAUAUACCUUUCUUUAUCCUAUUUUUAUAUGUUAAAUAUUGCCUUUGUAUGAAAACUCCAUUUAAUUUUUAUUCUAUCUUUGUAUAGUCUCCUUAAUUAAAUUUGUUAAUAAAGAAAAGUUGCCAUCAGCAUCAAAACAAUGACAUGAAAUAUCCAAAUAAUAAUUUAAGUGCCUUCUGUUAUUGACUAAUAGCAAAUCUUGUUAUUAGUAAUUUACAAAUUAAAGCUGAUUUAAGUGCCCUCUAGAAAAGUCUAGAUUUUUGUAUUUAACUCUCUCCUGUUUUGUUACCCAAUAUAAUAAAUUAGUUACUACUACCCUGUAAUAAUAAUAUUUUAUUUUAUUUGCUCAUUGUUUACAUGUUUCCCUGGUUUGCAGUGCUCAUAUUGAAAUGGAAGUACAGUGAAACAACCCAACAAAUGAAAAUCUAAGAAAUGAUCAUUUUAUUAAGUCAUACUUUCCAAAUGAGAUCAUUUCCUGAUUAUUUUCAUUUUUAAAAUGCUCAUUCUGGGUAUGCGUGUUCCUGAUGAUCUGUGGACCACUUCUUUUUUGAAUUUCUUGAAGUUUACAUGUCUCAAUGAUGAUUUCAAGGCCCAGAGUCUUAUUCCUUAGUUUCUUUUGAAUUUCUUAGUAUGAAGGACCACUGGUGUGUCAUGAAGUGGGCCCACUUCAUCUGGGUGAAGUGUUCCUACUGACUAUACAUCUCUAACACUAGUUUCCUGUUCAAAGUAAAUGUUUCAAGCAUGUCCGUAGUAGAGUCAGCUUGCAUAUGGGUGAGCGCACCUUGUGUCUGAUGGUGGAUAAGGGUAUUUUACCAUAUGCUUGCUCCAAUGAACAUGCCAUUAGUUGCAUUUGUAUACAAACUGUAAGAUGAAAGUACAGGUAUACAAUAGGUUACCAUUAAAUGGCUAAAGACAGACUUCUUUCUUUAAUACAAUUAUGAAUUUCAUUCACAUCCCUGAAUAUAUACUCGAAUGUAUCCUCAUUCUGGAGUACUGCAUUUUGUUUGCUUUUUAUACUUGAUUGUACAUUUUGGAAUUAAUGAGUAUCUUUAAACAGAUGCAUCAAGUAGAAUAUGUUUAGUAAUCUAACACAUAUUUUGCCUUUCAGAUAUUUUGAUACUAAGGUUCUCUAACCAGAAUCCUUGUGAGUGAAAUUGUUUUAUAUGGGCUUUUGUACAUUCCUUUGUCCGAAUUAUGUACAAUGCUAGAGCUUUGUGAUAUUGACCAACCUGCUGUCUGUGCCUUUGAGUCCUGAUUCUUUGGGCCUGGUCACAUUUGAACUUUGCAUUCAGAAUAAUUCUUGUUUUGGCAUAUAAACUCAGACCACAUUUGAAGUAUUGGAUUUUUUGUGUUUUUAUGUUUGAAUUGAUAGAAAUAAUCUUGUUUUCUUUUUAGAUAAUAUAAAUCAUUCCAUAGAUGGCACACUAAUGUACACAAAUCACUUUUACUUAUUUGAUAUUAGAAUUUUAGAAUUUAUUUGUAGAUUUCUUUGUGACUUUUUGUAGUCUCCAUUGUUCCCUAAAUGUUGCAUGUUUCUGUUAAAAAAAAAUUCACAGGGCCACACAAGAAAUUUAUGCUUGUAUUCUUAUUUCUGGAAAGAUAUAUGGGAGAAAUAUGUUAUCGCAUCUGCAUUAAUAAAUGGUUCUGUUAAAGAGAAA